CUUCUCUCUUCACUUCUCUUUCUCACUCCUCACUCCUAUUCUCCGUGUGCUGUCCUGUCCCUCUCUAUCUCUCUGUCUCUCUCCUCUUUUCUCUUCUUCCAAGCAAAACCCUCUCUAUCUCAAUCUCUUCUAAUUCUCUGCCACCAAAUCCCCAUUUCACCGCACAACCAAAAAAUUUCACUCACACCUUCUUCUUCUCUAAUGAGCGCCAUGGAUUCUCAUGUCUAUGGUGUCUCUUCUAAACUCUUCUUGACUCUUCUCUUUCUUUCACUUUCCAUUUCCUAUGCCGCAUUGCCUCAAAACCCAGUUUCUAAAUCUUCUUCUACUACCCAAAUAAACUCAAACUCUGUCCUUGUAGCUCUCUUGGAUUCCCAUUACACCGAGCUCGCUGAACUCGUUGAAAAAGCCCUUUUACUACAGACUCUUGAGGAAGCUGUAGGGAAACACAACAUCACCAUCUUCGCCCCCAGAAAUGAAGCUCUGGAACGAGAACUCGACCCAGAGUUCAAACGCUUUUUACUCGAGCCAGGCAACCUCAAGUCCCUCCAAACUCUCCUCAUGUUCCACAUUGUCCCAAAACGAAUCGUCUCCAAAGACUGGCCCGCCGAGUCCUCACCCUCGUUUCGCCACCCAACUCUCUCGAACCACCACGUGCAUUUGAAGACUCACGGGAACCGACUCAUAGACUCUGCCGAGAUUGUUCGGCCCGACGACGUGGUUCGACCCGACGGGCUAAUCCACGGGAUCGAACGCCUCUUGAUUCCUCGAUCCGUGCAAGAAGACUUCAACCGGAGAAGAAAUCUACGGUCCAUCUCCGCUGUUUUGCCGGAAGGCGCACCGGAGGUGGACCCCAGAACUCACCGGUUGAAGAAGCCGGCAGCACCGGUUCCGGCUGGUGCCCCACCGGUGCUGCCGAUUUACGACGCACUGGCCCCGGGGCCUUCUCUAGCUCCGGCACCGGCACCAGGCCCUGGUGGCCCCCAUGGCCACUUCAAUGGUAUGAAGCAAGUCAAGGACUUUAUCCACACACUCUUACAUUACGGUGGCUACAAUGAAAUGGCAGAUAUUCUAGUCAAUUUAACCUCUUUAGCAACCGAGAUGGGUCGAUUGGUUUCAGAGGGGUAUGUAUUGACGGUUUUGGCACCCAAUGACGAAGCCAUGGCUAAGCUAACCACGGACCAGUUGAGUGAGCCUGGUGCACCGGAGCAGAUUAUAUAUUACCAUAUCAUACCGGAGUAUCAGACUGAGGAGAGUAUGUACAAUGCAGUGAGGAGGUUCGGGAAGGUCCGGUACGAUACUCUGCGGUUACCACAUAAGGUUGUGGCUCAAGAGGCUGAUGGGUCUGUGAAAUUCGGGCAAGGAGAUGGGUCGGCUUACUUGUUUGACCCGGAUAUUUACACCGAUGGUCGAAUUUCGGUGCAAGGGAUUGAUGGGGUUUUGUUCCCACCGGAGGAGGAGACCAUGAUUGAGAAGAAAACAGGUCCACUUGUUAAGGUUGUCUCCAAGCCCAGGAGAGGGAAGUUGCUAGAAGUAGCGUGUAGAAUGCUUGGAGCUGUUGGACAGGAAUCUCAUUUCUCUACUUGUCAAUGAAAAAUACAUUCUCUCAAUAAAACUAAGAAGAAAAAAAGAACUGUAAACAAUUGAUAAAUGUUGUAGGAUAAGUUUCUGGCCAAAACCAUGGAUGAAUAGACAAGUGGAGAGAGUGCUUUACAUUGCAGGAUUUCCUUUGGAAUCCACAAAAGAGAAAGUUCAAUGUUUUUUUUUUCUUUUGUUAUAAAUACUGUAAUUACAUAUCAUUUUUUAAUUAUUUUCUCUUUGAAUUACGGUCACUUUAUGCAAUUUACCACCCAAAAAAAAAAAAAACAAAACUGUAUGCAUAAAAAACCUUGGAUGAUUUACUCUUUCAUCACUGGUUGUGUAUUUUUGCCCGUUUGUGCAGCCAUUGGUUUGUGAAUUAUAGUUAAAAUAUAUUUCAUUUUCACAUUAAUAUUAUAAUUUCGUUUUCAUAUAUGAUCGGUGUGUAAUAAGAGUGGGAAGGUGGAAUUUCGUUU